AUGCUCCGGCACCGGUGCUGCGUCCUCACUCAGCUCCUCUCGUUUCCCUCCGCCUCUCCCACCUCCCAGAUCCACCGCCUCAUCUCCGCCGCAGCGCCCGCCGUCUCCCCGAACCCUAGCUUCGCCGUGCAGGACUACCCCGCCGUCGUCGCGGGAGACCCCAAGGUACUCUGCUCCAGAGUGGAGGGAUACCUUGGCCCCGUCGUCGCCCAGCUCACCGGCCUCGGCCUCUCGCGUUCUCAGGUCGCGCGCCUCAUCUCCUACGGCCGCGGCAACUUACAUCUCACAUCCAUCGUCUCCAAGCUGCAGUACUACCUGCCCCUCUUCGGUUCCAUAGACAACACCCUUCGAGUUCUCAAGCGCGGCCUUUACCUUAUCUCGUCUGAUCUUGAGAGGGUGGUCAAGCCCAAUGUCGCAACCGGCUGGGUGAUUGCGACAUUGCCAAGCUGUGCAUCCCUAAUCCAUGGCUGCUCACAACCAAUGCAGAAUCCAUCCGGGCAAUGGUGUCAUGCGCUGAAAGUCUUGGUGUGCCCCGUGGAUCUCGGAUGUUCAGGCAUGCCGUGUCUGCUGUUGCGUACCUCAGCGAGGAGAAGAUUGCUGCUAAAGUGGGGUACUUGA